CGCGAGGGCGCGCGGCCAGUAGUGGUGUGCAGGCAUGUCGAGCCCGGCCGCGGCGCGCGCGCGCCUCAUCGCGCUCCACCUCGUGCCCGCCGCGCUACUACUUCUACUCAUCAAUCCACAAACCACAUCAGCUGCAGUGUGCAACCAAACAGCAUGCGACUGCUCCGGGAUAAAGGGCGACCUGGGCGACCGAGGGUCGCCGGGUAUACCAGGCCUUCAGGGAGAUUACGGUGAAGAUGGGCCAGAGGGCCGCAUCGGGAUACCUGGCGAGCUCGGCGAGUGGGGCGAGAUCGGAGACAUCGGCGAUAAGGGCGAGCGGGGCGCUGAAGGACCGUAUGGACCAAGAGGCUACAUGGGUCAACAGGGACCACAAGGAUUAGAGGGGGUGCCGGGUAAUCCCGGAAUGGACGGUUGUAGCGGCGUUGACGGUGUGCAGGGACAAAUGGGACCUCAGGGUCCACCUGGAGACAGAGGGUUACCAGGUCCAUUUGGAGAAAAAGGUGACCAAGGUUUAGCAGGAGAAGGCGGAGUAAACUCUAGAGGAGCCAAAGGCGAUCAAGGAGAUAGUGGACGUAGCGGAACUCCAGGUGUUAUGGGGCAACAAGGAUGGAGAGGAGACAGCGGUUUACCAGGCGAGGAAGGAGAUCUGGGUCCCCCGGGUCGUAAAGGUGAACCAGGUUAUAGAGGUGACCCUGGUGAUGAUGUCCUAGGACCACCCGGUGAAAAGGGUGACCAAGGAGAAAGAGGCGAACCGGGUAGACCUGGUUCAAUGGUCGUAAUUGAUGAAGUUCAAACGAAUAUCACCAUCCUAACAAAAGGCAAUAUGGGAGAGAAGGGUAUUAAAGGUCAACAGGGUAUUAAAGGAUUGAAAGGAGAAAUUGGAUCUAGGGGCGCACCAGGACGUUACGGCAUUAAUGGUCCUCAAGGGUACAAAGGUGAACAAGGCGUCGAUGGCCCAAGAGGAAAACCAGGACACAGAGGAAAAGAUGGACCUGCAGGUCGUAAAGGUGACAAAGGAGCUCCAGGUUAUGCAGGAUUAGACGGCGAAGACGGCCUGCCUGGUGGACCCGGUGAAGAUGGAAGGCCGGGAAGACCCGGUGAACAGGGUCCUAUAGGAGAACGUGGUAUAUUCGACCCACGCUUGAAUGAGCCAAUACAACCUGGAAGUAUGGGCCCUCAAGGUCCUGUCGGUUACGAAGGGCCAAAGGGCGCACCAGGUUUUGAUGGAGCGCCUGGAUUACCAGGUAUUAUGGGUAACCCAGGUUUCCCUGGUAUUAAGGGUUACCCAGGAAGACCCGGAAACCCAGGUGUUUCACCAAAAGGCGAACCAGGAAUGACAGGUUUCAAAGGUUUACCUGGACCCCGUGGACCUUCCGGAUAUCCAGGUUUACCGGGACAAAUGGGCCCAAAGGGUUUCAAAGGAGCCAUAGUUGUAGGCCCUGACGGCGAAGAAGGAACACCUGGCAUAGAUGGUACUCCAGGGACGCGCGGUGACCGGGGCGACUCAGGGUUCGUAGGAAUGCCAGGUUUUCCAGGUAGAGGAGUCCAUGGUGCUGGACCACCAGGAGAAGACGGUCCGCCAGGAAGACCAGGUGCUCCUGGUGAGCCUGGAAGAUCAGGUCGCCCCGGUAUACCCGGUUUCAAAGGAGAUAAAGGUGAAGACUGUCCAUUCUGUCCGUCAGGACUACCUGGGCCUAAGGGUCAAAGAGGCGAUGAUGGUUUUCCGGGCUCAAGAGGAUUCCCAGGUUACGAAGGGUUACCAGGACCUCGAGGGUCACGUGGAGCACCUGGCAAUCCUGGUUUACCAGGACCCAAAGGGCCGAAGGGUAACAAAGGGGUUUUCGGCAGUGCCGGACCGCAAGGACCAAGAGGAUCUAGGGGAAAAUUGAUCCAUCCACCAGAAUCGCAAACUAUUCCAGAUCAAGGACCUCCUGGAGACCCAGGUUUCAUUGGAUUCCCUGGUUUCCCCGGAGAUGCGGGAUGGCCUGGCUUUCCGGGAGACGUGGGCCCGCCCGGUAUCAAGGGUCGGAUGGGAGACUUCGGUUUCCCCGGUUUACCUGGACGUAACGGAACUCGAGGACGCGACGGUCGUCCAGGAACGCCCGGACAACCGGCCCCGGUACCUAUAGCGUUCCUCCACGGACAAAAAGGAGAGCCCGGAUUAAAGGGAGAACACGGAGACCCUGGCGAUGACGGUGCCCCGGGAGAAGUUGGAGAAUCUCUUGACCAUGGUAUCAACGCCAAAGGUGAAAAAGGUUUCCCCGGUUAUCCUGGACCUAAAGGGCGUAGAGGACGAAAGGGCGAACGCGGUGAUAUGGGUUACGAUGGAUUCCCGGGCGCGGUGGGCGACCAAGGAAUACCAGGAAUUUCUCAACAAGGCCCCAUUGGUUUACAAGGAUAUGUAGGCGAAAAGGGAGACGUUGGACCAUACGGUGAACCCGGUAGUAAAGGCUUGCCAGGACCAGAAGGUUAUCCUGCAGGCAAAGGCCAGAAGGGGUCCCGAGGUGACGCUGGUUAUCCUUCUUGGCCCGGCGAUAGAGGUUCCGACGGCUUGCCUGGGGAAAGAGGUGAUGAAGGAGAACCCGGUUUUUCUGGCGCACCUGGUCGGGCUGGAAUUUUCGGUGUAAAAGGACAAACUGGACCGAUAGGAGACGUAGGACCCGAGGGACCAAGUGGACCUCCUGGGCGUAAAGGAAUGCCCGGAAUUACACGACAAGGGGCUCGAGGCAUACCUGGGCGCCCAGGAUUACCAGGCAAGAUGGGACCUUUCGGCGAACCUGGUUUACAAGGUUUCCAUGGCUUACAAGGAGAUGAAGGUCCUAAAGGAAUCAAAGGAGAGGCUGGUCGAGUAGGAACCAGAGGUUGGACUGGAGAAGUUGGUCCUGCAGGCCUUCCAGGAUUUCCUGGCCUAAUGGGAAAACCGGGUCAAAACGGCGAAUUAGGUGACCGAGGUGAAUCAGGCGCACCGGGAUAUAAUGGUGAACCUGGUCCAAUGGGCCUAGCUGGCCCAAAUGGACCGAAAGGAAUACGAGGAGACGUAGGAAUUGUGGGUAGAUCUGGUUUAGAUGGUUGGCCUGGCCUUAAGGGUGAAAUGGGUGACAUCGGGUUUGUCGGUUUAAAAGGAGAAAGAGGCGAAGAUGCUAUAAGUGGUUUGAAAGGUGAUCAAGGCGAACCAGGAGCAGAUGGAUACUCAGGAAGGCCUGGAACUCCUGGACGGAAGGGCGAAAAAGGUGAUGAAGGAGAUCGAGGUUUCACAAUAGGAGGAAGUCCAGGUGCAAAAGGUGUAAAAGGUGAUACAGGUAUACCAGGACGUUACGGGUCUAAUGGAACCAAAGGCCUCUCCGGAGACAUAGGAACCCCAGGCGAACCAGGAGAAAUAGGAGACAAAGGUUGGCCUGGUACACCAGGUUUCCCGGGAAGACACGGUCUUAAUGGACUUAAAGGCAGACGAGGAUUAAGAGGGUUUGCUGGAAUGACUGGACGUAAAGGAGACUUGGGCAUGGAUGGUGAACCGGGGAUAAUGGGGAUGCCUGGUCUCCCCGGAGACAUGGGGUACCGUGGUUUAGAUGGUCGUAGAGGAGAAAUGGGACCGAAAGGAGAAACAGGUGACGCUGGUUUUAUCAGCUACCUGCCAGGAACUAAAGGCGAUAUGGGCGAUAUCGGUAUGGAAGGUUUACCUGGGUACCCAGGGGAACCUGGAGACUCCGGACUCUUUGGCCUCAGAGGUAGAAAAGGUGAACUUGGCGAUAUUGGUUAUCAAGGAGAAGUUGGUGAUGAUGGUUUGCCUGGAAGAAGAGGCCUUCCUGGUGAUAGAGGACCUCCAGGCUUGCGCGGUUUAGAUGGUAUAAAUGCUGAACGCGGAGAAAAGGGUAAGGCUGGUACUGAUGGUCUUCCAGGAUGGUACGGUCCUAAUGGCCAAAAAGGAGCUCCUGGAGAAUAUGGAAUUGAUGGUCCUGAAGGAGCCCCAGGACAACCAGGUCUUAGUUUCCAAGGACCGAAAGGAAUCAAAGGUAUGGAUGGAAGACCUGGACCACGAGGCUUCCCAGGAGCACCUGGUAAUCGAGGAAUGGAAGGAACACCUGGUGCCCCAGGAUUUAAAGGCGACAUUGGUGAACCCGGUUAUGCGAUAAGCCCUAAAGGUCAACGAGGUGAUGUAGGCUGGCAGGGCCUUCUAGGAAAUCCAGGUGAAAAAGGAGAUUCUGGAGAUUUCGGGUCGGAUGGAUAUCCAGGAAGCCAAGGCCCUCUAGGUUUAAAGGGUAUGCGAGGUGAUGAAGGCGAAGAAGGUCUUGCGGGUUAUCCUGGCCUUAAAGGUAUUAAAGGUGACAGAGGUGACGCUAUUUUACCAUCGGAAAUAUUACCUGGUCCUCCAGGAGAUAUAGGACCACAAGGUUUUGACGGAACAAAUGGUUUAGAUGGCAUGCCGGGAGCAUUUGGACGAAAUGGUAUUCCUGGAUUUAAAGGUGAAAGAGGAGAACCGGGUUUUCCAGGUCCUGUUGGUUUUCCGGGUGCCCCAGGAUUACAAGGAUUGAGGGGCCGAGUGGGCGAGAGAGGACUGGAUGGUCUUCAGGGUGGUAGAGGACCACCCGGUUUACCAGCACCACCACCACCAGCACCAAAGUCAAGAGGCUUUUACUUCACGAUACAUUCACAAUCAAGUAUGAUCCCACAGUGUCCAUCCGGUACCGUUCCUCUUUGGGAUGGAUUUUCUCUGAUGCACAUUGUAGCCAACGCUAAAGCUCACGGGCAAGAUUUAGGCGCCCCAGGCAGUUGUUUACGCAAGUUCUCCACAAUGCCUUACAUGUUCUGUAACUUGAACGACGUUUGCGACUUUGCUCAACGAGAAGACUACAGCUUCUGGCUAUCGACUCAGGAACCCAUGCCAAUGUCUAUGACUCCCAUACAAUCUAGAGACGUAAGGUCAUACAUAUCAAGGUGUCAGGUGUGUGAAGCGCCUACGAGAUCUAUCGCCAUACACAGCCAGAGUACAGAGGUGCCGCAAUGCCCUCCCGGCUGGGAGGAGCUAUGGAUUGGCUACAGUUUCCUUAUGCACACGGCAGGCACGGAUGCUGCUGGCCAGAGCCUGAUAUCCCCUGGUUCGUGCAUGCGGGAGUUCCGCACUAGGCCCUGUAUCGAGUGCAACGGUCUUGGCCGGUGUAACUACUUCGCGACGGCAGUCUCCUACUGGCUGUCCACCAUUGAUGACAACAAAAUGUUCCAGCGGCCUGAACAACAAACGUUAAAGUCAGAUCAAGUGUCCAAAGUUAGCAGAUGUGCAGUGUGUAUGAGACGACGACCAGCUCCCCCUGCGGGUGGUUUCUCCACCGGAGGUGACGUGGACUCGGUGCCGAACGCGGUGGUGCGUCGACCACGCCCGGUGCGCCCGCGCUACCGCUCCGGACCCUAUCGCAGAGGAUACCGUGUUGUAAACGGUCGGCAACGUCGACAGUGAACCUAACUACAACACCUAUUGUGAUAUUACCUGCUCCAAGGACCACUUGUACUUACGUUAAAUAGCUUCUACAACAAAAUAAUAAUUCAUAAUAUCAUAACAUGAUUCUGGAACGUCAGCACAAGUGACCUUGCAGGGUUAGUGCAGUAUAAUGUAGAUAAUGGUAAAGAAGACGAAUGUUGAUUGUACUAAGAUGUUAUACGGAAGUUCAAUGAACUCGUAACACUGCCAUAGAAGCCCUUUAAGAAAUUACGUAAUCUGUAAGAUAAAAUAUUGUUACUAAUUAAGGUAUACGGAAAACUAUUUGACUAUAAUAGUAUGAUACCGUAACGAAAAACGAAUAAAUCAAAUUGAAUUUACAAUUAUAAUUUAUCAUUGUGCUUUCUAAACAACUAAUACUGGUAUUGGAUGAUGUUUAUAAUAGUAUCGAGAAAGUUUAAUGGGUCGUGAACAUCAGCUACCAAGCUUCUUUGGUAAAUAGGUAGUAUAAGUUCAAAACAGUGUACCUAUUCUGAAGUUCACGAAAUUUCUAACUUACUGUAAUAUACUUACAAAACAAUUAUUUUAUAAAUGUAAAUAUAAAUUAGUAGAUACAUACAUGAGAAUAAAAAUAAAAUUAUAUUUAUACAA